AUGGUCCAGCUUUGCAAAUUCCUCGCCGUAGCUGCUGCAUGCUUGGCAGCUCCCGCCAUCGCUCACCCAGGCGAGAAGCAUGACCCUCACCACGUGAAGCGUGAGGUCCACGCUCGCGACGCCAUGGCUGCCCAUGCCAAGCGCUCUCUCGGUGCUUGCGAAAGCACCCUGCACGCCCGCGAAUUGAACAAGCGGAGCAUUGCUCGUCGCUCGCACACCGUCCAGAACCUGCGCAAGAAGCGCGGCAUCACUGCCACUCCUCAGAAGUGGCGCCGUAACCUUGCUGCUCUGGAGAAGUGGGAGGCUAUUGACCAUAACCGCACUGGCAUUUUGGAUUAUAGCCCCGCGACUCCUGAGUCUAUGGUCUUUGCUGCUAAUACUAGCUGCAUUCUGUCUCCUACCGUCACCGACGGCCCGUACUAUGUCUGGGGUGAGGUUGUGCGCCAGAAUGUCAAGGAGGACUUGUACUCCGAUGGUGUCGAUGUUUUCCUUGAGGUGCAGUACAUUGAUAUCAAUACCUGCAGACCGGUGCAGGGUGCGCUGGUUGACAUCUGGCAAGCCAAUGCCACUGGUGUAUACAGUGGAAUCUCAGAGUCAGGCAACUACGCCGCAGAUGGCUGGGACUCGACCUACCUACGCGGCAUCCAACAAACAGACCGCGACGGCGUAGCCACCUUCGAAAGCAUCUUCCCAGGCCACUAUGAAGGCCGAGCAACCCACACCCACCUCCUCACCCACCUGAACGCAACCCUCCUCCCAAACAAGACUCUCGAAGUCGGCACCGGCAGCGUCGCCCACAUCGGCCAGCUCUUCUGGAACGAGGUCCUCCGCUCCGCCGUCGAGGAUACUUAUCCCUACAACACCAACACGCAAAGCAUCACCACCAACGCUGAGGACAUGUGGAGUAUUGAGCAGGCUGAUAGUGCUUAUGAUCCCUUCCCGGAGUAUAUCUACCUCGGUGAUGAUCUGGAUGAUGGGUUGUUUGCUUGGAUUCAGAUUGGUAUUAACGCUACUGAUGAUUAUACGGAUAACUCGUACUACUCCAUUGCCGCAUACCACGAUGCUAAUGGUGGUCAUGAGAACUCUGAUAGUUCGUUCGGUGGCGGCAGUGGCGGUGGUGGUGCUCCCAGUGGUUCUAUGUCGAUGUCUAUCGGUGGCCCGCCUACUGCUUCACCUAGCGCUUCUGCUUGA